AUGGUUGAAGUUAAAAGAACCGUUCGGAUUACCACCACUCAGCGUGUUCUCAAGGACAUUGCACCGGUGCAGGCAGGCUUCCCAAUGAGGGCUUGGACAAUUGAGAUCUGUCUUGUUGACGACAAGGGUAACGAGAUUCCUGCUACACUCUUCGACAAGGUCACCUACCACUUACAUCCCACUUUUUCUAACCCUGUGCGGGCAUAUAAGAAGCCACCAUUCCGGAUUGAUGAGAAAGGAUGGGGUGGUUUUGAUAUUCCAAUUACUCUCACAAUAACUGACAAGGGUGGAGACAAGAAGCUGAACCAUGACUUGAACUUUAUGAAGGAGAAGUAUGUUAUUGAUCACAUCAUUACCAUCAACACCAAUAAGGCUCCUCUUUUGAAAGAGUUGCUCAAUAGUGGUCCUGUUCCAAAUUUCAAUCCGGACGAAGCAAGUGCUAGUGGAGCCGGUGCCAAAAGGCGUAGUAACAAUGCUGCUGACCCCAAAACUAUCAAGAAAAUGAAAACCGGUGCCUCUAAGGCCGGUGUGGACUUGGAAAGAAUGGCCGACUACUUGACCAAGUUGAACGAAGAUGAUCUUCUUGGCGUGGUUCAGAUGGUAAACGAUAACAGAACUGCUGAGAUGAACAUUAAGAAUGAUGUUGAAAAUGGUGAAUUUACCAUGGAUUUGUACACUCUUCCUGAUACUUUGUUGAAGAGCUUGUGGGAUUAUGUGCGGAAGAGGGUCGAGUGA